CUUGCUCCCAUUUGAAAGCGGGUGGGCUGCACCUUUGGGGGGGCUUGCUUUGGCCCAAAGCCAGAUGGCCCCAGGACCCCUGCCGAAAAGCCCCUUUCCAGGAAGUCUUUGUGAGCUCUUCUCAUUCCUCUCCCCUGUUGGGGUGGGACAGUGGUGGGGGUUGGGCCCGCCGUUCCAGCCCACCCCCAAGGUGAGAGGGGGUCUUAAGCAAACUUUGCAGCAAAACCCAUCAACACUGUUUGCUGUGUCUAAUCCUGGCCAAAGGAGCCCAUGUCCUUGGCUGGCCGGGUAGGUUGAACCGGGUCCAGGUGAGGCCUCCCUGCGGUGGCUUGAGGCUGGGGCGGGGCUGCUGCCAGGGUCCCCUUUACAGGACACCUGCCUUUCCCUGCUCUGCAACAAGGUGCCCCUUCCCUCCCCCCAUCCCUGCGGCUCCCCUUGGCCUCUUUGUUUCCUGCAGCCCCCCCCCCACUGCUCCCCCUCUUCCAGCGCAGUCUGAGCACCUGCUUCCCCAUGCCCUUUGGCGGCUGGCAUGAGCCUCUGCAGGGGGAGGAGGUUGGAGGACUGUGAGCCAAGGGGACCCCUUCUGCCCUGGGGUGCUGUGGGGCCAAGGCUGGCUGUGGCUUGCCUUCCUUGCUGUGGUACAUGGCGGGAGGGGGCUUCUCUCCUUCCACAGACACUUCCUGCUCUGGCUCUUUUGCGGCUACUGCUUUUGACACCCCACCCCCCGACUUGCAGUAAUCCUGCUGUCAAAGCUGGGGAGGAGAGGGCCUCGACCCCUGCCCCCCCUCCAGCCACAGGCCCUCUGCCAACCUCUCUUGUGGGAAGUUGGCUCCUGGCUGGUGCAGCUGGCUGCCAGUCUGUGCCCAUGGCCAUGGGGCUUUGAGGCUGCCAGUCCUUGAUUCUGAUGGAGUUGUCUGGACAAACCCUUGUGUGUGUGUAGGGAGGGUGUUUUUUUUGGGGGGUGGGGUUGCAAUUAGAAGAGAAUCCACCCAGAGGAGAAGAGGUGCUUGCCUGGCUCUCCUGCCUCCGUUCUUGCAGGGAUGAUGAGGCCAGUGGGGGAGGGGGGGAGGUGGACGCAGGACCUUGGCAUUUAAAUCAGAAGUCUCCAAACUUGGCAACUUUAAGAUUUGUGGACUUCCAGAAUUCCCCAGCCAGCCAUGUUGAAGUUGGAAAGCCCUGAGGCAGGCCAGACCCGUUUGGCUUUUCUGUGGGCAAUUCGGAGGUUUCCCAGGUGAAGCAUAAGCCACCAUUUUACAUAUGAAAUCUCUCCCCGCCACUUGAAGAAAUCCUUCGUCACUGAAACCACAGGUGGAUUUAUAUGGACACAUUUAUGGAUUGACCAGAGAAUCCUUUUCUCCUUUGAAAAGUCCCUAGUGGCCCCCUCCUCAUUAAGGAGAUCCAGAGACCCCAUUUCUCCUCUUCCUCCCUGCCGUGCCAGGAGGGGUCUCUGGAUUCCCCACCCCUCCCUUCCUCCUGAGGAGGUGACAGGCGGCCUUUUGCUCCUCUGUCUCCCCAGGGCGGCUGCCCAGUUGCUUCGUUGGCCUGGGGGAGACGUUGUGGUGGUCUGCGUACAGAACCGAGCUGGAACCCGUGAUGGUGGGAGCCAUCCCCCGGCAGCCGCGCCGCUUCUGGGGAGUGCCAGGGUGGCAGGUGUCCCCAGCCAGCUUCCCCAGUCACCGUCGGCUGCUGCAGCAGGAGAACACGCCGGCCAGGGGACGGGACCCCGUGCAGUGGGAUGUGGCUGUGCAGCCCACUUCCUAGCAGGGGACUCGGCCAGACGCCCUGACCACGCGGCACUUUAGCGCCUGUCCUCCCCCUCAGCCCCAUGAGGCACCUCAGUGCUGAGGCCGGACUCCCCCGCGAGCAGAGCACAGGCCUGAGCCAGGAGCAGCAGCAGCAGCAGGAAGAUGAGGAAGAGGAGGAAGAGGAAGAGAAGCAGCAGCAGCAGCAACAGCCCUGGAAGCAUCAUGGCCUCCAGAUGGGCUGCAGUCCACCAGAGCUGGGCAGCCAGAAGGUCUACCAGGUCUCCAUCUUUUCUCCUCGGGGCAGCGGCUCUGCCCUUCCGCAGCAGAGGGGCCCCCGACGGCAGCCCAUCAAGCGGGCCUGCCCGGAGCCCCGGUGGGUGGCCGAGGGUGGCGAGUGGGAUGCCAAGAGGGGCCACUGGGGGACGGAGGAGGAGGCCAUCGAGGACGGGCUCUUGGUGGACGGGCUGGCCCUGGGGGGCGCCGCCCAGCACUUCUCCCAUAGCGGCCUGCGAGUCGUAGAGCACCGGCAGGAGGUCAGUCCCGGCCAGCGUGGAGGCCAGGAGCCCAGAGCUGCCGAGGGCCGGUGGGCGGCCCUGCCGCUGCCUGGCAGGCUCUGCACCACUUUGCACACGAGAGACUCGGCCCCCGUCUUGUGGGGGGAGCAGCCCGCCAUGGACUCCAGGCCAGAAGAGAACGGGGGGGCCCGUUUCCCACACGAUCACGAUUUGCACAGCCCUGCACUCCCAUCCCCCCCGCCAGGGCAGCCGUCCCCGGAGGCCGAGGCACCCAACACUCCACCCGAGGCCCCCAGCCUCAGCGCCAACGGGCUCUGCUCGGCCGAGAAGACGCCCUGCUCCAGCAGCCAGCUCUCAGGAGGCGGCCCCGCCAGCUGCCCGGCCAAGAGGAAGCUGCUGCCCUCGGUUGAAGGGAGGGCAGCCAGCGGUCUGGAGGAAGAGAACCUUCUACCAGCACGCAAAAAGAGGGCCCUGCAUUCUCCCACCGUGCCAGCCUCCUGCCGCAGCACCGAUGCCAAGGGCGCCCCCUUCUGGAACCAUCUGCUUCCCGCAGCCAAGGGCUCGGCAAGCGGCAGGACUGGCACUUCUCAGUUGAAAACGGGGCUGCACCUCAAACCCAGGAGGAGGCAGCUGCGCGGCAGCCCCGGAAGGGCUCUCGUGGGCAGGCGGCCCCCCACCACCUCCACCAGCCACGCCCUUCUGGGGAAUUUUGAGGAGUCGAUGCUGAAGGGGCGUUUCCCGCCCUCCGGCCGGAUCGGAGGCUUCACCGCAGAGAUCGGGGCCAGCGGAUCCUACUGCCCACAGCACGCCACCCUGCCUGUGGAGGUCACCUACUUCGACAUAGCCGAGCACAACGCCCCCUCCCCGUUUCUGGGAGUCAUUGACUUGGAAGCCUUGGGAAAGAAGGGGUACAGCAUCCCCAGAACGGGCACCAUCCAAGUGACCUUAUUCAACCCCAAUAAGACGGUGGUCAAGAUGUUCCUGGUGACCUACGACUUCCACGACAUGCCUGCCAACCAUGUCACCUUCCUGCGCCAUCGCAUCUUCCUGGUGCCGGUGGGCGAGGGGGAGGCCUCCAUCUCGGAUCUUGCAGGGCAGCCCAAGCGGGUCCUCUGCUACCUGAUGCACCUGAGGUUCCACAGUUCGAAGUCGGGGAAGAUCUACCUGCAUGACAACAUCCGGCUGCUCUUCUCGCGCAAGUCGAUUGAGAUGGACUCUGGGAUCCCUUAUGAGCUGAAGUCUUUCACGGAACUGCCGCGCAACCCCUGCUACUCCCCCCGGGCUUGAAGGAGGGAGCGGGAGAGCAGCACUUUGCCCAAGCCGAGGAGGGGCAGGGGGCUGCAGAUGCUUCCCUGCAGCGGUCAGUCGCCACUCUGAGCCAUGCCUGGCCCAGGGCGGCGUUUUACUCACUGGAUCCAGCCCAGCCGGGAUUACAAAUGCAGCACAUCCCAACCUCUCGUUCUGGUGGCUGGUACAAUUCUGUGCAGGAGGCUGGGGAGAAGGGGAAGCAGAAGGGGCAGGUGUUGCCAUGAGGGAUGGGCUCUGCUGGCCUUGGUAGGCAGGCAGGGUGCAUAGGCGUUUGGGCCAUUCAGAAGCAUGUACAGAACUGGGAGGUGGCCUUUUCCUUCAGGGACUUCGCGGGGGAGGUGCUCUUUUUAGGGAUCAAGCUGGAUCACCAGGCAGGAGCAGCUUUGGAGCCCAUCCAAGCUAGCUUACGGGAAGGGAGCUGAAGGCAGCACUGCAGGGGGAGCAGAUCAAGCAUAACUGCUCCCCUUUCCAAGGAAGCCAUGAAAGCUGUAACUCUCCCAGGAGUGGGAGUGUCUUGCCUCCCGGCUGCUGCUUCACACUCCCUCCUCCUCCUCCUCCCCUGGACCAGCUGUACAAGACCAGGCCCUAGGAAGGCUCAUGCUGGCCUCUCAGUCCCCAGCUCUGGUCCACACACUGUGUGACCAAAAGAGAAUUCAGACAGUUGAUCUUUAGAGGUAUGAGGCAGGGUUUGUGAAUCAGUUUAAGUUUUUGCUUUGUCUGUGACCUGAACUAUUACCACCCCUGUGGGUCCUUCUGCUGAGGGCAUCAACCAAGCUGGAGAUGAUAAGGCAGGAGCUGUUUGAGGGGUUCAUGGAUAGCUUUGAGUCUGUCCCAGUUUGAGCUGCACCAGUUUAGAAGAGAGGAAGCCUUGCUGUGAAGCCCAGACCUCUUUUGGGGGACAGUUCUGCUCCCUGUCUCCCAAGCAUUAUUUUCCUCUGGUAUCAUUUUGGUUUGGGUUGCAUCUCCUACAUUGUUCUCUCAAGAGGGAGCAGGUGUGAUGAAAGGGGCUACAAUUACAGAGACUUGAAAAUAUUUAUAUUUAAAAGGAAAGAAAGAGAGACAGGCAGAAAUGUAUGAAAUACUUUCUUCUCUUUCCUUUUUUUUGGAACAGAAAAAAAAUCUAUAAAUGUGUGUUUGGAAAAA